UGAAAAUAAGAGGACACAUGACUAUGUGUAUGAAAGCAUCUCCUUUCGUAUCUUCCGAUAAUCUGGUUUAUUUUUCACUCAGACAUUGAUUCCAUAAAUAGAAUAUGGCACCCAGGAAUGUCAUACAGACAGAAGAAGAAUCGCCUAGAGGUGUCGUGGAGGAGGUGCUUCAUUCGGACAACAUGUCAUUUGAUGAACAUACAGGACCGGGGAAAGCAAACGUUCGGAUUGUUUGGAGAAACGUCAUUUUGAUGGUGCUUUUGCACGGUGGUGCGCUUUACGCUUUGACUCUCAUACCAAAAUCACACCCUUUUACAUGGGUCUGGAGCAUUUUCUACUAUAUGUUUGCUGCCAUAGGAAUAACUGCAGGGGCGCACCGUCUUUGGGCCCACAAGUCGUACAAAGCCCGGGCACCACUCCGUUUCUUCUUGGCACUGAUGAAUGCUGCCGCUUUUCAGAAUGACAUACUUGACUGGUCACGUGACCAUCGAGUCCAUCACAAAUACUCAGAAACAGAUGCUGAUCCACACAACGCCAAGAGAGGCUUCUUUUUCGCCCACAUCGGCUGGCUGCUGGUCAGAAAACACCCGAAUGUAAUGGAGAAAGGGAGCCGUCUCGACUUUUCUGAUCUUUAUGCUGACAAAAUUGUCAUGUUUCAAAGAAGGUUCUACAUUCCUCUGAUGAUUUUACUGUGUUUCAUCAUACCCUCAGUUGUUCCCUGGUAUUUCUGGGGAGAAUCCUUGUGGAAUGCGUAUUUUCUUGCCGCCAUCUUACGCUAUUGUAUUGGACUUAACGCCACAUGGUCUGUGAACAGUUUUGCCCAUUUAUGGGGCACAAGACCUUACGAUAAACGGAUUAACCCAGCUGAGAAUUUGGGCGUGACCCUGAGUGCAGUGGGUGAGGGCUUCCAUAACUACCAUCACACUUUCCCCAGUGACUAUUCCACCAGCGAGUACGGCUGGCAUCUAAAUAUAACCACAGUGUUCAUUAAUUGUAUGUAUUACUUAGGACAAGCCUACGACAUGAAGAAGACUCCAGCCAAAGUGAUCCAAUUGAGAAAACUUCGGACAGGGGACGGAAGUUCUUAACAAUACUAACAUUUUAUUUUGACACUACAGUUUCUUAUUUAUUUCGUUAUUUCUGAGAUAAUUGUAGAGGGUGUGGUGUGAUAAGUAUAUUCAAGCGGAGUUCUUUGGAAUGUUGAAUAUUACAGUCUGGGUAUUUUGUUAUACUUACAUGUACAAGUAUGCCAGCAUCUUCGCUAGCCAAGGAUUUUCUGGUCCGCUACUCUCCUCAUAAACCAUAGCUAGGGUUUUAGAUGAGAGCAGCGGGUCAGAAACCCCUGGCUAAAGAAGAUGGUAUAUUAGUGGUUGUUAUUAAAUGUCUUUAAAAAGUUCUGACUUUGAAAAAUUAUUACAGUAUUCAUAAAUUCAUUAAAUAAAUUUGAUAAAAUCCAAAGUCAGAGUAUUGUAUAAAUUUCCUAACCCACAGUUAUGGACCAUCUAACAGUCUGUAUCCUGAGGUGUGAGUCCUUAUCAUUUACUUACAAUUAAUUGUUGACUUCUAAACAUUUAAGUUUUAUCUAGAACCACUGGACAAGUUUCCAUUAAACUGACCACAAAAUAUUCUUGGGAGUGGGGAAUUUAAAUUUAAUAAAAUGAAGGACCAUAUUCUUGUCCAAGGGAAGAUAAUCAAGAAAGGGCAAAAAUAGGAUGAGGUCACCCAAAAUCCACCACAAGAACUACUGUGCCAGAAAAUAUGAAAUUUAUGUGAAAGUUUCCUGACAAAGCAUUAUCUGCUAUUGUAAGAUGAGUAUUUUGUGUAGAGUGUAGAUGUUUUAAUAGGUGCAGGUGUUGUUCUUCAAGUUCUGAAAAUUUGUGAUUGUUUCAUUUCAUGCACUUUGACAUGUAAGUACUUUGGUGAAUGUGGAUGCUGAGUGCAAAUAAUUUUUAAACUAUUAGAAAUGUUAUAAUAAGAUUGUUUUCGCUGGACACUAAUUAAAAUAUCAGAAAAGGAA